AUGACGCAACUAUCGCCAAUAAGUUGGCUGAAGGGAAUAUGGCCGAGGCAAGAGGAAUAUGGCGAUGUGCCGACGUGCGAUACUCCCAUUGUCGUGCACUACACCCGUUAUCGGCUGCCUCCACCCAUCGAUUCUAGUGAAGAGUCGGAUGGCGACGUUGACGUUGGUGGAGCCAUUGAGGUCGUUCUAGAGCCGUAUGUGCUCUGGUGUUCCCUGUUGCGCAGCGUUACUGGCUGCAAGCUGCGUCUGUCGCCGUCUGUAUACGACGAAUUCGUCGGUGGCGCGAUGCCGGCGGCGUACGUUGGCGACCCAACCUGUUACGGGGGAGCGCCACUGCGUCAAGAGAGCCUGAUGAGCCACCUGCUGCUCAACGUGCCCACCGGCUCAGAGGAAGUUCGGAGGCAGCUGAGCAGUAGGUUCACGCUUUACGACGGGCGCAAGAAGACUGAUGGCAGCGCAGAAGCCACAAGAGAGCCGCGCUCCUACCACACCGGCAGCUCCAUUCUCCCCGUGUAUGUCGAGAAGCACCUGCGAUACGCCGUACUAUUUUUCAUCUGGGUGUUCCCGAAGAUAUCGCAAAAUGUUACCAAGAGGAUUGUCGUCAAUUCUACGCCCUGGCCGUACGGAUAUUACGUAUUCAACAAAAGGUCGAGGGAGAUCGCCAAGGCGUGUGCGCAGUGCGGGUAUUCCGACGUCGCAUUCACGCUCAAAGAGCUGGCGCUGAUGUUGCGGGAGCUGCAGCGCAUUCUGCAGAACGAGCUGCCUUCACUCAACCACAGGUGCGGAGUAAUAGCGCAGAGCAAAGCAUAG